UUCAAUCCUCCUAUACUGGAAGGAAGUGUGUGUUAUCCACGUACAAUCAUUAGAAGGCUUGUCCGAUCGCCAAAAUAGGUAAUUAAACAACUGGGUUUUCAUAAAAUCGUCCAACCCAUGCCUAUUAACCACAAAAUCUAACCAAAAUUAUAUCCAAUCUCGACUAACCUCUCUCUCUCUCUCUCUCUCUCUCUCUCUCCUCUCUCUCGCCCUCUCUCUCUCUCUCUCUCUCUCUCUCUCUCUCUCUCUCUCUUUCUCUCUCUCUCUCUCUCUCUCUCUCUCGUUGCCGCGUACAGAUGGAGAUGCCUUGAAAAGAAUUCUAUCCGUGAGCCAUGAAGAUUUCCACGCUCAUGAUGUGCAACCAAGCUCCACUUCCAAUGAAUAUCCAAACUCCUAGGCUCAUGAACAUGGACCUCUUUAGCCCCAUGAGGGAGAAAAAGAUAGAAAAGGUAGUGGUCGUGAUGGGGGCAACCGGAGCCGGCAAGUCACACCUCUCCAUUGAUCUCGCUUCCCGCUUUCCGGCCGAGAUCAUAAACUGCGACAAAAUACAAGUGUACGAGGGACUAGACAUAGUGACAAACAAGGCCACGGAAGAAGAAAAGCGCGGCGUCCCCCACCACCUGUUAGGGAUAGCAAACCCUAAUGCAGACUUCACUGCAGCGAAUUUUUGUGAUGCAGCAAUCCUCGCCCUCAAAUUGAUAUCGGGGCGUAGCUGCCUCCCCAUCAUAGCCGGAGGCUCCAACUCCUAUAUUGAGGCUUUGGUCGAGAAUGAAGACUACAAGUUUCGGUCACGGUAUGACUGUUGUUUCCUUUGGGUGGACGUCUCCGCCCCGGUGCUUCACUCCUUUGUGUCGAAGCGAGUGGAUCAAAUGAUCGAAAACGGAAUGGUGGAGGAGGUGAGAAAGUUUUUCGACCCAGAAGCAAAUUACAGAUGGGGAAUUAGGAGAGCCAUCGGCAUCCCCGAGCUCGAUCGGUACCUUCGAGCCGAGCUCUCUCUAGAGGAGGCAAUCCGAGAGAUCAAGGAAAAUACGUGCAAGUUAGCGUGCAGGCAAUUGGAGAAGAUUCACAGACUUGGAAAUGUGAAGGGGUGGAAGCUGCACCGGGUCGACGCCACUGACGUAUUUAGGAGAGAGGGGAAGGAGGCAGCCCAGGCGUGGGAGGAGUUGGUGGUGGCUCCGAGCACAAAGAUAGUGAGAGAUUUUCUACUUGAAAAGCUUAUUCCGAGUUCGUUCUCCUCCAAUGCUGCGGCCGCGCAGCCGUGGAAAUGGCAGUGGAGGAACCAAUUUUAUGAAGAGGGAGUGGGGGCUUCAUUGUACAGUGCAGCCUGCAGACACGAGGAUUCAAUAAACAGUAGGACCAAGGCAGUGGAAGAAGAUGCCAUCAAUUUGAAAUUGCCAACCGCCAUGCGAAGUCCGGCGUUCUCCUGCAAAGUCAGCAAUAAAUAAUUCAUAAUUGAGAUCAACCGUAUCAUUUGGUCUGUCUUUGAUAUAUAUUUUUUGCUCGAUUCUUCAAUAAAAGGAUGCUUGCAUGAUCCAUAAAUUAAGAAAA